UCAUCCGGUGUCAUGGCAAGUAUCUCAAAAUCUCUGUGAAACGUGUCUAAAAAAAUUUAAUUUCCACAACAAUUACGCAAGUGAUUAUGGCAGGAGCUAAAAAAUCUGCUCUCUUUGUCUGCCUUGGAAACAUUUGCCGCUCACCAAUUGCCGAGGCUGUGUUUAUGGAUGAGGUCAAGCAAGCUGGUCAGGAGGAUCAAUGGAGCAUUGACAGUGCAGCUAUUGGUGGUUGGCAUGCGGGAAAUAAUCCCGAUUAUCGAGCCAGGGAGACAAUGGCUAAACACAAUCUGCCCUACAGCAAUAGGGCCAGGCAGAUUAAGAAAGAGGAUUUCAAUAAAUUUGAUUAUAUCUUCGGGAUGGAUAGGGAGAAUAUCAGUGAUCUGAAGGAGCGUGCUCCGGCCAAUAGUUCAGCAAAAAUCCUCCUGCUAGGGGACUUUGAUCCUGAGGGUCAGAAAAUCAUCAGAGACCCUUACUAUGAUUCUGGAUCUGAAGGUUUUGAACAGUGCUAUGUCCAAUGCGUGAGAUCCUGCAAGGCUUUCUUGGCUCAAGCCACCGAAGGAAAAAUUUAAUAUAUCCAACAAGAUCUUUGUCACUGGUUUUUCCUAAUAAUUCCACUUGACCAGGACCAGUGCUAUCUCUUCGGUGCCAAGCAAAACGAAAAAGAGCAAAUAGAGAAAAUUAUGAAUUUUAUUUAACUGUUUUGGUAAAUCUUAUUGAAAUAAAUUCCUGAGAUAUAAAGAA